GGUGGAGGGCUGGUUAGGCGAUGCUGCGGCCCCUUUAAGAGUCUGGCCGAGCUCGGUUGUUGGGGUGGAAGCAAAACAGGCACACAGCUUACAUUCGUUCCCGGGAUGCCUGAGCGCUGAGUCGCGCGGGCGAGGGGAAGAGACCCGGGCAGCGUGUGCGCGCGCGGGAGAAGGGGCGGGAGUCGAAAAGGCGGCGGCAGGGCCCGCACUCAGCAACGGCAGCCAUCCCACAGAGAAAGAGAGAGAGUGGAGCGGGAAGAAACCCUAUCUGCAUUCCCCGAGCUCAGCCCGGGCAAGAAGCGGGGCGGCCGUAGCUAUUGCAACGGCCGUGUCUGCUUUGCUGUAUCCCCAGGCUCGGCCUGCGCCUUUCCCUAGAGAGCAGGCGCUUCCUCUUCUCUCUUCCGGCUUUUGCCGCCUCCUCAAGGGAACAGCCCGGGGGGGGGGGAGGCUCGACCUUUUACCUAGCCUCGGGGUCGUAUCUGCCUGCUUCUUCCAAACUCUCACAUAUCUGGUUUGUGUAGGAGAAGGAGGCUGCUUGCUUACCUACCCCUCGCUCAACUCUUUCUCUUCAUCCUUCUGGUGUGUGUGGUUGGGUUUCGGCUUCUACCUUCCAUGGAGUAGACCUAGUUUGGCGUAAUUCCUCCUCCCUGGCAAAGUUGUGUGUAUGAUCUUUGAUACCGUUUCGCUGGUCUCAAACACAAGGGCUGAUUGGCCUGCCUUCAUCUCCAGGGCCUGCUUCCUUUCCGUUCUCAAGCAGGUUUUGCCCUCUUUUCCUAUUUCUCCCCGCCCCGGUCAAAUGUAAACACCUGCUGCUGAGAGGAGUUUUCAGUUUUGUUCUCCCCUCUUCCCCAUCAUGGCUUUUGGGUUUUGUUUUAGAGUUUUCCUUUCUUUUUUGAAGGAUUAAUUUUAUUCUGUUUCCUUUGCUAGCAAAGCCCUCCACGACUUCCCCCCUUUCCUUUUGAAUCCCUCAUUAAAAACAUAGCCCUCAUCUAAAUUUAUUUUUAUCUGGAUGAGAUGAAAGUGACCGUUUGUUUUGGCAAGACAGGGAUUGUGGUUCCCUGUAAGGAUGGACAGAUUCGGGUUAGAGACUUAACGCAACAGGCUCUCCAGAGAUACCUGAGAACCAAAGAAAAGGAUCCUUCGUAUUGGGUGAAUAUACACCAUCUGGAGUACACAGAUGGGGGAAUCCUGGAUCCAGAUGACAUCCUGGCAGAUGUGGUGGAAGACAAAGAUAAGCUGAUUGCUGUGUAUGAUGAGCAAGAUUCAAUCCCCAAGUCUGAGCACACCAGUGUUAGUUUGACAAAUGGAAACAGCCCAGAUGCUUUUGAGACUGAUGUAGCUGCCCAGCUGGCUGCAUUUCAGCCAAUUGGAGGAGAGAUUGAAGUGACACCCUCUGCUCUGAAGCUAGGGACACCACUUUUGGUGAGAAGGAGCAGUGAUCCAGCACUAGGCCCACCUGCUGACUUUCCUGCAGGAUCUUUGCAUGCUAAUGACGGUGAUCUGAAGACUUCUGUGUUAGGUUUAGCACGCUCAUCUUCAGAAGACUGGGAUCUUGCUGCACACGAUGAAGUGCUGACAUCUCAGAAAACAAAAUUCAUUAUCAGUGGUGUGACAAGAAUCGUGGAGAUUUCUGGGGAAGGCGGCCCACUGGGGAUUCAUGUGGUACCAUAUUUUUCAUCAUUAAGUGGAAGGAUUCUAGGGCUUUUUAUCCGUGGCAUUGAGGAGAAUAGCCGAACUAAGAGGGGUGGACUUUUCUUUGAAAACGAAUGCAUUGUGAAAAUUAACAACAUAGAACUUGCUGAUAAAACCUUUGCACAAGCGCAAGACAUCUUUCGGCAAGCUAUGAAAUCUCAGAACAUCAUUUUGGAAGUAGUUCCUCCCUACAGCCGUGAACAAUAUGAAAAGUCUGUCAUCGCACCUUUAUAUUCCCCAGAUAACACUGAACAUAUUUCAAAGGCAAAGGUUCCACCUCCCAUCCAUCCAAAGCCAAUGACAAAGGAAGUGGACUUGUCCGGAACAAACAAUCUGGAGACUGGUGGGCGGACAAUACUACAUCCUGCCAAGAGUCCUAACUUUCCAAGAGUUAGUAGGAAGUCAUCAUCACCAUCUUUAUCACCAUUAAUGGGUUUCGGCAGCAAGAAAAAUGCAAAGAGGAUAAGGAUAGAUCUCAAGAAAGGUCCAGAAGGACUUGGUUUCACUGUGGUUACCAGAGACUCUUCAAUACAUGGUCCCGGUCCUAUAUUUGUAAAGAAUAUUUUACCACGAGGUGCAGCAGUUAAAGAUGGCCGUUUGCAGUCAGGAGACAGAAUACUGGAGGUGAAUGGUAUAGACAUCACUGGCAGAACCCAGGAAGAGCUUGUAGCUAUGCUGAGGAGCACAAAGCAAGGAGAGGUUGUCUUCAUCACUGUUGCUCGCCAGGAGGAAAGCUUUCUGCCCCGAGAACUGAAAGGAGAGCCCUACUGCAAUGUUCUUUCCCUGGACACUACAGAGCAAUUGACCUUUGAGAUCCCUCUGAAUGACUCUGGUUCAGCUGGACUUGGUGUGAGCUUAAAGGGCAACAAAUCUCGAGAGACGGGGGCUGACCUUGGGAUUUUUAUCAAAUCUAUCAUUCAUGGAGGUGCUGCUUACAAGGAUAGCCGGCUGCGAAUAAAUGAUCAGCUUAUUGCAGUGAAUGGAGAAUCCCUGCUUGGAAAAUCAAACCAUGAAGCCAUGGAGACCUUGAGGCGAUCCAUGUCCAUGGAAGGAAACAUUCGUGGAAUGAUCCAACUAGUGAUUCUUAGACGGCUGGAUAGGCAAACUGAAGUGGAGCGCACAGAACCUGCUGUUUUAUUUCCAAAACUGGAGCUUGAGGGAAAUGUUAAUUUUACAACUGUUCCGAGAUGUAGUGAUGCUGCUCUGCAGUGUUUUGUACCGUAUUGCCCUCAGGAGAGGUUGGAAGAGUUUUAUACAUUUGAGAAUGGCAUGGCUGAAAAUGAAAUCCCACCACCUCUGCCUCCACAUCCUUCUGAUGAGCUGCUUGCAGAUUAUAAUCAAAGCUCAGUAGCAGAUUCAGCAACAUAUUUACCAGAUCAGCACAUCAACUUCAGAUCUUUGACAUUGGCAAAGCAGACAGAAUCAAUUAAUCUGAAAUCCUCCAAAAGCAUGGAUCUUGUGGCAGAUGAAAGCAAAGUUAGCUUGUUGACUGGGCACAAACUAGCAUCUCCUGGCAAGGAUAUUGGUCCCACCCUGGGUUUAAAGAAGUCAAGCUCCCUGGAGAGUCUUCAGACAGCUGUUGCUGAAGUGAAAAAGAAUGAGCUUCCUUUCUAUAGGCCCAGGCCUUACAUGGUCCGUGGUAGAGGGUGCAACGAGAGUUUCCGAGCUGCCAUUGACAAAUCUUAUGAUGGACCUGCAGAUAUGGCUGAAGAUGGUCUGUCUGAUAAAAGCUCAUUCUCUGGUCAGGAAACUCAUAACUUUGAAUCGGCCCUUCUUCACCUUAAGGCAGAAUUAGAGGAUGUGGAAGGCAGGACAAAGAAACACAAGAAGGCAAAAGAAAAAAUGAAAAUAAAAGAUAAAAAUAAAAAAGCAAAUCUGAAGAACAAAUCUAAAAUUAAAGAAAAGGACAAGAAAGAAGAAAAUGAAGAUCCAGAGAGAAAAACAAAAAAGAAAAGUUUGGGUGCCAUGUUGAGGUUUGGCAAGAAAAAAGAGGAGAGAGGUGCAAAAGGUGACCAGAAGGGAAACUCCAAGCAUGGCACUCUUAAAGAGGAGGACCUGGAAAAGAUGAAGGAGGAGCGUGAAAGGAUUGGUGCAAAGCAUCAGGAGCUACGGCAGAAGCAGGCCAGAGGACUUCCUGAGUAUUCCACUGGCCCUGUGGGUCCACCACCAGAUAUUGACGAUGAUGAGACAGACCCAAAUUAUGCACGAGUGAAUCACUUCCGAGAAAUGUAUCCAGUUGUCAGUGCUUAUGGGCCAUCUUCUCCACCUGUGUCAGAAAAGUUUAGGUGCGAUAACCCUCCAAUGGACAGGGACCACCUGGAAGGACUGUAUGCAAGGAUAAACAAGCCACCUUAUCAGCAUGCUCCUCUUGAGAGUGACCAUUUGACUGUUGGAACGGCAGACCGUAUCCAGAAGUUGCGGAAGGAAUACCAUCAGGCAAGGCGGGAAGGCUUAUCUUUCUAUGAUGAAGAGGAAGGCAGAGGAAGGCCAUCUGAUUAUGAUCAGCACUGGGUGUCUGGAAAAAGUCCAGAUGGGACUUCACACCAUCUUCAAUUUGAGGGAAUAGAAAGACAAUAUGCCUCCUUACCCAGGCAUGGACCUAUAGAACCAGUGGAGUAUUUAACAGGACUACGGGUAGCAUAUAAAGAGAGAGAUCUUCCUUACUGUCAAGGAGGCCAACCUGCAAUUCAUCCUACCAAAGGGAGCUACGCUCAUCCACAAGAUGGCCCAAGAACAACAGAGUUGUGGUAUCCUCAGUAUGGUAUCCCACCGCAGCCAGUAGGCCAGCACAAAGGACCCUUCCGCCAAGAUGUACCACCAUCACCACCUCAGGGCCACAGAGGUCUGCCUUAUAAUGAAAUGGGCAGACCUGGCUAUCGUCGAACCGGCCCUGAUCAAUCCCAAUACAGACAUGAAGAUCCCAGGCAGAAGGACCCCAUGACUGCAGCUGUAUAGCCUAAAGCUAGACUGUUGUUGAUAUUGUUAUCUUGCAGCUGGUACCACUGAGCCUUUCUAUCCCAGGGCAGACGUCACUUAAGUCUGGCCAGUUUGCAUCCAGGACACAUUCCUAAACAUAGUACAAGCUCAUAAAAAGCGGUACAGUGACUUUUGGGUAUCAUUGUAUCAGAGUGUUGUUUGAAACAAAAAAAAGCUUGCUUGAAUGUAGAAGGUGGGAGAUGAAGAGUGAGCAGAAUUUCUAAGCACCCCAUAAAGUACCACUCAGGGCGAUUUGCAACCAACAACACAGGCACAUACAAGACGCCUAUAUUGCAGGAAUCUGUUUUGGAAAUAGUUUCAGAAAAGGUAUCGUCUUGGUACCACUGUGUGUGCACUCAGUAUGGCAGACUUUUCUUUACUAAGAUCUUCUAUAAUUGGAGAAAUUAGAGUAAUAUCCUGUGUUUCCUGGCAAGUUUACAAAGAGCUUCAUUGUCCUCAGAGAUGUGCUCAUGGUGUGACCUGUCAUUUGUAUUUGCUAUCAUGGUGGGGAAAUACUGUAUUUUUCUCUCAUUUUAAUCUCACCUCAGUAAUAUUUUUAAUUGCCCCUUGAGAUAUUCCAUUUUGUAUCCUCCUUUUCAUUUUUUUAAUGUCAAGAUUUCUUUUUUAUUUUUCUAAUUACAAAGAGUACAGAUGGACAAAUGGGAAAAUGUCGUACUUAAUAGUUCAUAGAAAUGCCUCAGAGUGUUGUAUUGUAAGGGAUCCUGGAUCUUGCCUUGCCUCUAGUUUCCCAACAGUAGGGAGUUUUAGCGCAUUUGGCAAUUGUGUAUAUAUCUGGAAAGAGCCGGUUUCCUAUUGGUAAUGUUGUCAGAAGUGCCUGCCGCAUAUCAGUUAAUAAUUGUAAGCUAGGGGGCAGCAACUAGAGGACCAGGCCUAACCCUUGAAGGAUCUUCUUAAGUCUCCUCCACAGAUACCAACUGGUGGGAGAGUUGUAGGGAGGGAGGCAGUGGAAACUCACCAACAGCAGCCCACUUUGGGGGAGUGAGCGCGGGAGUCUGAUCCUCCCAUAAAACUACUUGCUGACCAAGUGUGUGCAACCUGAGUAUCUGAUUCCAUUGCUUUUUUUUUCUGGAAAAUGUCGCCUGUGAAAGCCAUUCUUCUGCAGAUCCCAUCUCAGAAAGGAUGGUCAGGCUCUUGAAGGGCUGGUGGAUGCUAAGAGCCAAACAGUGCUCACUGUUGCAUGGCAGAAAUUCUGCAGGACCGCCACACUUGGGGGUUUGGGGGGG